AUGGCCUACUUCGACAAGCAGCGCGAGAACUUUGCCAGCUCGCUGGUCUCGGCGGCGGCCAAGAUCAAUGUGAGGCGGCCGGUAGCGACGCCGGCGUCACCGUCGCCGUCGGUGGCAUCGACGACGUCGGUGACGACGCCAUCGAAGAAAGCCAAGCGAGAGAGCGACGGGUCGGUGCGGAUGGUGCUGUCGCAGAACGGCUCGGGCAACAACAACCCGACGAUCUUCUCGCAGCCGGAGAACACGGGCGUGGGCUCGGCGAUUGGGACCAACAUUGUGUACGCGCUCGACUAUCUGAAGCAGCAGGGUGGCAAGCCGGUCUCGCUGUCGACGGUGCUGGGCCACCUCAGCCUCGACCGGGAGCCGGAGGCGUUCCGGCGGCAGGUCGUCGAGCGCAUGCGCCACCACCCACGUAUCACUUGGCGGCCGGAUGCCGGCGCUGCUGCCUCAAACGCCAGCGCCACGGACGACGACUGGCGGACGGGCACCUACGAGCACCUGCCGGUCAUCCCCAAUGUCAAGGACCGCACGUCGCUGCUGCAGCACCUGCAGCGCCGCACCGACGCGCAGGGCGUCAACGUCAAGGACCUCAAGGACGGCUGGCCUGACUGCGAGGCUACGCUGACGGCGCUCGAAAAGGAGCACCGCAUCCUGGUCGUACGCACGAAAAAAGACAACCACCCGCGCAUGGUCUGGCUCGACGAUCCGUCGCUCUGUCACGAGGUCGAACCCGAUUUCCAGGCCUUGUGGCACCGCGCUGAGGUGCCGUCUAUCGACGACAUUGUGCGCAAGCUGGCUGCCGCUGGCCAGAAGCCGACCAGCGAGGAUCCUCGACUGCGCGACAUUGCGGCUCCCAAGGAGAAGAAGCAGAAGAAGCGGGCGCAGCGCCGCACUGGCAAGUCGACAAACACCCAUAUGGAGCACCUGCUCAAGGACUACAGUCACAUGAAGCGGUGA